CCGGAAACGGGCCGGCAGGGCCGGAAGUGACCCUCUUUAUUUCCCCUCCUCACGUGGUGUGGGCAGGAAAUGACGCAAACGGCCCGGGAGCUGCGGACGCAGAGGCCGACGGAGCCGGAGUCGCGGACGCCGCGGGGUCUCCGGGACAGGAAUCCUCAGUGCUGCAUCCUGAUUCUGCAGGGGAGAUUUGCUGGGACCCUGGCCCUGCCCAGCCAUCGGAAUGGCAGCCACACUGGAUUUGAAAUCAAAGGAGGAGAAGGAUGCUGAGUUGGACAAGAGGAUCGAGGCUCUUCGGAGGAAGAAUGAGGCCCUCAUCCGGCGCUACCAGGAGAUUGAAGAGGACCGCAAGAAAGCUGAACUCGAGGGAGUGGCAGUGACAGCUCCCCGGAAGGGCCGCUUGGUGGAGAAGGAGAACAUGGCCGUCGAGGGGGAGAAGAGCCUGGGUCCUUCCAGGAGGUCUCCUGGGAGCUCUCGGCCCCCGGGGGCCAGCAAGGGAGGCCGGACUCCUCCACAGCAGGGAGGCCGGGCAGGCAUGGGCCGGACCUCCCGCAGCUGGGAGGACAGUCCCGGGGAGCAACCUCGAGGAGGAGCUGGGGGCCGUGGCCGGAGGGGCCGUGGCCGGGGGUCCCCUCAUCUCUCUGGAGCUGGAGACGGCUCGACUGCUGACCGCAAGUCCAAGGAGUGGGAGGAGAGGCGCAGGCAGAACAUCGAGAAGAUGAACGAGGAGAUGGAGAAGAUCGCAGAGUACGAGCGUAACCAGCGGGAAGGGGUGCUGGAGCCAAACCCCGUGCGGAACUUCCUGGAUGACCCUCGGCGACGCAGUGGGCCCCUGGAUGAGCCAGAGCGGGACCGCCGGGAGGGCAGCCGCCGGCACGGGCGCAACUGGGGGGGGCCUGACUUCGAGCGGGUGCGCUGCGGCCUCGAGCACGAGCGGCAGGGCCGCCGGGCCGGCCUGAGCGGUGCUGGAGACAUGACGCUGUCCAUGACGGGCCGGGAGCGCUCAGAGUACCUGCGCUGGAAGCAGGAGAGGGAGAAGAUCGACCAGGAGCGGCUGCAGAGACACCGCAAGCCCACCGGCCAGUGGCGGCGGGAGUGGGACGCUGAGAAGACCGAUGGGAUGUUCAAGGAUGGCCCAACCCCUGCCCACGAGCCGUCCCACCGCUAUGGUGAUGACCAGGGCUGGGCCCGGCCCCCCAGGCCCCCAACUUUUGGGGAGUUCCUGUCCCAGCACAAAGCUGAGGUCAGCAGUCGCAGGAGGAGAAAGAGCAGCCGGCCCCAGGCCAAGGCAGCCUCCCGUGCCUACAGUGACCAUGAUGACCGCUGGGAGACGAAAGAGGAGGCAGUGUCCCCGGCCCCGGAGGCCCCACAGCCCACGUCCCCCACAGAGACGUCCACGCAGCCACCCGAGACCCCUGCCCCUGCCCACCGGCCUCCUGAGGAUGAGGGGGAGGAGAAUGAGGGGGAGGAGGAUGAAGAGUGGGAGGACAUGAGUGAGGAUGUGAGUGAGGAUGAGGAUGAGGAAGAUGUCGAGGAGGAAGUCGAAGAGGAAGACAACCGUGAGGAGGAGGAAGAACCAGCCCAAGACCACCCCCCCCAAGAGGCUGACCCCGCUGGGAACCCCACCAGUGAGCCCGCUGACAGAGCGUCCUCCAGCCCCGAGGAGCCCCUGCCGCUUCCCCAGGCCCCUGCCACACCUUCCAGCCCCUUCUCACCACCUGGCGGCCACCAGCCUGUGUCCGACUGGGGUGAAGAGAUGGAGCUGAAUUCUCCCCGGACCGCCCACCCGGCUGGCGCCCUCUCUUCGGGAGGUGACCAGCCAGCCCCUGCCUCCCUGGAGAGUGGGCCCAGCCUCCUAGGAACCCAGAAAGCUGAAGAGGAGGGGUCUGAGGCAACUCCAGAGGCAGGCCCCGAGGGCCAGGAGACAGCGGAGAUCACCGACUUCCAGAGGGCCUCCCCGAAUUCCUGAAGACGCUGCUGGGAGGGGACUGAAGCUUCCCCGCCUUGAUGGGGAGGGGGCGUCAGGAGGGGGUUAAUCUGGAUUUCCAGCCUGUGUUCUUCUCCCCAGUCCUCACUCUGCACCCCAUGUCUCUAAGGAGAGGGAGAAAUUGAGGGGAGUGG